UGCGAGGAGGCGGAGUCGUGGAGUGCAGAAACCGGGCAAGCAGCCAACAUUCACGUCUCUCUUGACGUUGUCUCAUCCUCCCUCGUCUUCACCGCUCCCGACCACCAUCACUACCUUCGCCACCCCGCUCUACCCUCCUCCGAGCCGAGCUGUCACGACCUCCGCCUUCCCUGCCUCUCCCUCCAUCUGUGCCACCCGUUGGGCACGAACCCAUCACUAUUCCAUAUGGUGCCAUGACCUCUCUUCAUUAGCGCUCAUCAUUUGCCUUUCCUACGCGCGAUACCAGUAUGGCGCGUCCACCAGGCAGUGGGCCUUCAGGUCCGCCCGUCUCCUACAAGACUGUACCCGGUCGUCACAGAACGCAAAAAUGGAACGUUGCAAAACAAUACGACUACAGCGGCGAUGACUGGGGUGGCUACGAUGCCUACGACGACUAUGGCGACAGCGAACCGCCUCCACAACCACCUCUACCUUCAUCGCCCAGCAUUCCCCAGCUGCCUUCACAGCAGCAGCAACGAUUGGGAAGACAAAUGAGUUUUGACCGCACAGACCCUACGACGGAGUCUAGACAGUUCAGUGCUGGCCCCGUCCUCUAUGCCGGCGUGAACAAUGAGAGGAGUACGGGUGUCAGUCCUGCUCGUAGUGCCGUCAGUGCCACUUCGAGUGGUGGGAAGAAGAGCGGGGAGUUCCAACAACCUCCUGUCGGCAACGCGCUGCGACAACGAGAUUUUACGGACCCCGGGCAAGUCCCAGCGCCUCUCAGCCCUGCCGCUCGCGCCUCUCCAGCACUCUCUUCCUCCUCCUUCGCUGCACCAGCGACGACACCCGGCAUGAACAACCCGGCCACUUUUCCUCCGCGGAAGAGUAGUAUCGGCAGCGGGAGUUCGGCUUCCGAUGCUGUUCCCAGCGCAGCAAAGGUCGAAAAAGAACUGCCCACCCCUCCUUUCAUUCGUCCCUCCGACAUCUACAGGCGCUUGGCCGAAGAGCGUGAGAAGGAGCGGCAGAGUUCAGAUGGUGGAAGGCCCAGUCUUGACGCUCUCCAACACGAACCCGAUGCCGCUGCAGACUUGGAUCCACCAAGCAGACAGCAGCGCCCUCUCUCAGCUGUGGAGGAAGCAGCCGCAGAGGGCCAACACGAGGAUAUCAGCGCCUCCGAAGGCUUUAGCGAGCCAACCAAUACCCUCAAUAAUGCCGUCCUCCCACGCUUCAGCGGCGUCUCGGGCUUCGGAAACGACUGGUUCGUCGGUAGGAAUAGUGGAAGCACUGUACGAACGACCACCUCUGAGUCCGCGCCGACCGUUCAUGCUCCCGAGGCUGCAUCUUCGGUGCAGACUACCCCGACCGCCGACAUUGCACUACCAAACUACGAUCCCGCGGCGGAAAUUCUCGCUGAGCGCACGCAUGAAACUCCUGUGUCUGCCAUCGGACGCCAAAACCAGCCCGAUGAGCUUGCACAUCAGCCUUCCGCGGGCUACAGAAGUGCAGUGGAGCAAGCGUUCACACCACCUACGAGAGACAAUUCGCAAAGUACGACGGGUAUCUCACGAAGCGGCUCGGAGUCCACCACUGGUAUAAGCCCCAUCAUGAGCCAUGUACCCUUCCCUCCCAUCGCGGAAGCUGCGCACCCCAAUGCAACAGUUCCGACUACUGCUGGGUACCCUUCAAAUCAGCCUUCGCUGUUGAGGAAACCAACUCCUUCUCACAGUAGGACUGGCUCCACCGAACGCGAUGCAGCAAUUGCCGGUGUGGGCGCCGUUGCUGCUGGUGCUGCAAUUGUAGGACUAGCAGCGGGUCGGGAAACCUCACGGUCCAGGGAGCCUGCAGAGACCUCGGCCAACGAGGUAGCGGCUCCAUCCACAAGCAGCGCAUUGCCUCAGACGGGGAGAGCGAGGGCUGGAACGGAUUACUCACUUCGGGAAUCCGACCUCGCCGAUGCUGUCAACAACAGCGACCCAUCUUCCCCUGAGAUCUCAAACAAAUCACCCGUCGAGGCAGCAAAGGAGGAGCAGUCUCUCUUCUUGCAAACCCAUUCCCUCACACCGUCGGGCACUCCUGCGCCUGCAUUCCUCGAAAGCCCAGGCAGUGGGCGCGCAUCUCCGGCCAAAGGCAGGGUCAGAGAGAUUGCCGACAAAUUCCAUGAUUUACACGAAGCUUCGCGCCGCAAUUCUCAGGCUAGCUUGAAGAGUGCCAGUACCUGGAGCCGUGUUGGCUCUGAAGAGAACCUGUCUGCGAUUCCGAGUCGAACUGCGGCCGCUUCGGGAGUAGGUGUGGCGCCGAUUAGACAAGGCACUGGAGAUACGUGGGCUUCGUCACAUUACGAUGCCGCGGAAGAUCGCGAUACGCCCGCAACUCCAGUCCCAACGGCUGGGGGUCUGCUGGCCGGUGAGCCCUCCCGCCCUGCAGUGGGCCGAGAGCAGUCGUUCCGCCCUCAAUUACCCGGUGGCUGGGUCAGCUAUCAAGAUGCGCCAUCCACGGCUGCCGAAGACCAUGGCGAGACCCUGCCUGCGACGGUGUAUGCACACACUCCUCGGCCGGCGAAUGAUGGGAAGAAAGCAGCCUUGAAUGACUUUGAUCUCGCCCCCACCACUCGAAAGGUAUCUCUACCGGGAACCCAUUACCAAGAGGGUCCGAAUCACAUCAAUCAAGCCAAAGAUGCUGGCGCGGCUCUUGGUGCUGCGCUGGUAGCAUCGGUUGGAAUGGGCCAUCAGGCGCACGACUUUGGGUCGUCAGAACCAGCCGAGCCUGUGGACCAACCUGAGAUGCAAUACAAGCCUUCGACAGGAGACUUGAACCAAUUGCAUGUUCCUCAACGGCCGGAGCUCACCAGAGGCGACACCGACGCAACAGACGUGACCGACAUUACUAGUGCGCAGAGCUCAGUGCCACCUACACCUCCGGCGAAGGAUCCGCACAGGCAUCGACCCGCGGCAGAAAGCGGUGAAUACUUCUUCACGGUCACGCCUCUGCGGACCACCAAGUCUCGGGAAGGUUCGCCGGACAAGUCCAUCGCCACCCCGCCUGCUUCUUCCGCGGCUCGAUCUGGUGUGUCGCCGGCUAUGUCGACAUGGGUUCGACCCAACGAUACAGAGAGCGAUAGGUUGAGGAAAGAGAUUGUCAGAUCCCUUGAUUCUGCGUCGAUGGAGAAGAAGAUGCAGGAAGAUACUGCACGAACGCAAGACGCUCUCGACGCACCGGAGAAUGCUCGUAGGGUCGAAGAGGGCAGGAACGCCCUACCCGCUGCGGAGUUCGGUGGAGGCAGGCCAGGAAUGCUGGGCAAAAGGUUCAGCUGGGAGAAGGAAGAUGACGAAGACGCCAGUACCCCGGAUCUUGGAUUGGGCAAUACCACUCCAGCACAGCCUUCUGAGGACAAGGCCCUACCUCCUCCUCCGAUUGUAAGGGAGCCCGAGCCGGAAGAGAGCCCAGAAAUCAAGCCGGAGAUGCCGUACGAGCGUCCCAGGAGCCGUGGGCUGCAUAUUGUGAAUGCAGAUUCUUCAGACGAAGAAGAACAAGCUGCUGCGAGCAGAAGGGCUGACACCGAGCGUCAGACUCAGGGACUGUGGGUCAACACGUCUUCAGCCGGGCCGGUGAGCCCGCUCACGAAAAGCCAGGAGGAUCUCCAUUUCAGGACCAUCGCUGAUGCCGCGAGGGAUGGUGAGGAUGGUCCAUCUGGGCCUAGUCCGAACGUUGAGGAAAACAAGGAGAGGGUUGGCUUGCCUAGCUACUACACGCUUGAUCUACCAGGCAUAGACGGGUCAAGGCCACGCGAGACCGACCCGGCAGCGGAUGCGCCUGAGGUGAAGGAGCAGCGGAUCAGCCAGCAAUCGAUCGCAGAGCUGCCAGCCAUGCAGGAUAUCCCACCCCGGCCAGUUCCCAAAGAUACAUCCUCUCCAUCUUCCCCAACAGGCAGGAUGAAGGCCCCGGCCUUCCGCGAAAUCCUCGCCAUCAAGUCUUCCUCCGACCGAAUCCGGACCUACGACGAAACCCGUCAAACCUUCGCAGACACCAAUACCGGCCUGUCCGACUGGCUGAGCGGAAUGCUCGCCCAGCACCCCGAACACGCCGGCCUCGCCUCCGCCAAUCCCGCUCAGCCCAACACCAUCAGCAACCUGAAGGGCGCCCAUCGCUCCAGCCCCAGCCUCGCGAAAUUUACCCGCCAAUUUAGCGCCACUGGCGGUCCAGCCGGAGCAGGCGACUAUCAAGGAGGCUCCGAUCUGACUGGGCCGAAGACGCCGAGCAAGGACUUGGACAUGGACGAGCUGAAGCAAAAGGGCAAGGACUUGAUGAAGAAUGCGUCGGUGCUUGGAGGAAGGGCGCAGGCGGGCGCGAAGGGGUUGCUAGCCAAGGGCAAGAGCCGUUUUGGCAGUACGAGGGAGAACAGGAGCAAGGGCUUCCUCUCCUCCAACACCUCCUCCGUCCCUUCAGCUGCCACCGCAAUCCCUCCCAUUCCUCAGCGCUCCACCGCUCGCUCCUCCGUGCUCCAACCGCUACCUCCCAUCCUCGACCGCAGCGAGCCCGACACAGUCCCCAAUCAACCCACUGCUGGCAUCACUCACGUUGCCACCGCCCCGGCUGCUUCGCGCUCCUCGAGUCCCGGGAAUCCGCUCAGUCGCGCUCUCUCGCGGCUCCGAGAGCGGAGUCGAAGUCAAAGCUCCAGCCGCAGUCGGCACAGUCGCCAUAGUCGGCCUUCGAGUCUGGUGCUGCUGAAUUCUCACGAGGCGGAGGGCGCUGCUGCUGCGGGUGGCGGGCUGCUUGCGAAGGAGAACCAACGGAAGGACGGCGGCAUGACUGGAUCGGCUGCCGUGCCACCGCCUUGGAGCGAAAGCGAGGCUGGACCUCGAACUCCGGUUCCUGCAGGGAACGAUGGGGAAGCGGGGGUUGCGAAGAGAUUGGGCAUUUUGCCUAGUCCUACCAAGAACGAUUUCGAGGCGAGGAAUCGCGAGGCGACGCCUCGCAACUUGGCCGAUCUGAAUGUUGCGGCUGCGAAGUUCGGUGAUGGGAAAGAUGAGGAUGAGGAAGAAUUAUAUGCGUCUACGCCUACUGCUUUGAGGAGACCUAUGACGGGUGAGGAAGACCCGAUGGGGCAGGCUACGCCUAGAGCCCCGCAAUGGCAGUGGCAGCCCAAGGCAACCGAUUCGGUUGUUGAGGGUGAUGGUCUGGAUUCCGAUGCUCCUGUCACAGACACGAAGGAAUACGAUGCGCUGAAAUAUCGGGUGCAGCCUGGCCCUGGAGCUCUGGAAGAGAAGCAGGACUUCUCCCAUCUUGUUCCAGGCGGAGUUGCAGCACAUGACGAAGGCCGCACGUCUUCGGAUACGAGGGAUAUCAGUGAGGCUGACGUGUCGAGCUUUGCAACGGCGGAAGAGCAUGGGGACGAUGAGAAGAGUGAGGUGUCUCCGCAAGUACUGCCGCAGCCUGCUGCCGUGGGCGGCGUGGAAAGUGGGAACGUGCGCACCUCCUCGGUGUCGAGCCUCGAUGAACGGCAUCCUGUUGGUGUCCACCCUCCAGGCAACAUCCGAGACACGGACCGUGGAGAGCCAAUCACGCACAACUUGCCGACGUCGCCUGAUCUGAUCAAGCCGGAUGUUGGUGCAGGCGGUGGACAUAUGGGGAGAGCAGCUGCACUCGAAGAGAAGACUCCUGGACUCAUGCAACGCUCACAACUUGCGCCUCUUGAGGUGCCCCGGCCACCAAUGGCUAGGCCGUUGUCCUUUGAGCCUCUAGAUCGGGAUUAUAAAGGCGCGCCAGUGCCGGAGACAUUGCAUCGCUCUCCGAUAUCUCGAGGCGACCAAGACUCCUUCACGUUCAACACCACGACGCUGACGAGACAUCGCAAGGUAUCACUGCCGAGCGCGGAUCGCAAGUCUAAGCGGCUUUCUGGCUUCAUGGGUAGCGAGACGGAUACGUCGGCACCACAAACGCCGGUGGAUGGGCGAUUGGCUGGUGAAGCACAAGAGAGAAGCAUACCGGACGUGCCUGAAGUGCCUAUCGUACCGCCGGCGGCAGCGUACAUCGAUCCAGCUCAAACCAUGGACUUGCCACACAUGCCUGAAGUGCCUGGCGUCCCGCCGGCAGCAGCGUACAUCGAUCCAACACAGACCAGGGACAUGACACAAGUGCCCGGAGUUCCUACCGCCCGACCGGUUACAGAGGCCCUCGGUAACGCAGGGAGCGAGGUCAAGCAGGGCAGACGAAAGUCGGGAAUAUGGGAUGCUUUCAAGAGGAGCCCGAGUGUUCCCAAGAGUGAGGUGAAGAGGGACGAAACCCCUCAACAACAGUCCACGCACAGAGAGCACGGCACUUCCAAAGCGCCGCCGCCAAUCACGACCACUGCGUCUCGCGCAAGGCUCGAAAAGCCACAGCGAGCUUCGGCCACGCUCAUCGACACCGAGCAGAAGCAAGAGAAGAAGAAGAAGCGGCUUUCCGGCUUCGGGGCGCUCUUUGGUCGCUCCAGUACCACGGGGCACGAGAGCAAAAAUUCUUCAAGUGGAAUGAAAGGCAAACCAUCCCGCAACGAGCCGUCGACCAAGCAGUUGCCACAUCAAAGGCGCUCCUACGAAGCGGAGGAAGAAGAGAUAGAAGCGCCAGCAGGAGGAUGGUAUGUGCCGAACGAUGACCCGGGAAGAUACCCUCCUCCGCAACAAGUGCAGCAAUGGCCGCCCGCACAAGCUCCGCACGUUUCGCCGGCUACAAUGUACUCGCAGAACAACACGCAGAUCAGGCCCGACCAUGACCGGUAUUGGCCUGAGCCUCCUCGGCCUCCAUUUCAGCAAAACCAGUCAGCUCACAAUGCGCAGCUGACACCACAGGUGUCGGGACAAUCGGAGUGGCUGCGGAGCGGUAGACAACAAGGACAUGGCUCCAUCCCGUCCAUCUCUCCUGUGCGAACCAGGAUGAGCUCGGAAGGGUACGCUGCACCUGACAUGAGCGGAUUUGGACAGGUCCAUAAUGUCCGCACUGAUGAACGUGAGAUGACCGGUGCCGGAGUCGGCCAGCAUCCCCUUGGAUGUAAUCCAGGCGGCUCGAUACCAUCAGAUUGGGUGCCACCAAAGCAGGACAGUGAACAGUACAUCCUGGGCGAUUUGCCAUCUCUCAACACGGGAAGGCCGGUGCACGAGGAGUUUGAAGAUGCACUGCGAGAGAGUUCGACAUUGCAGUAUGGGCAGGCCAUGUCGGCCGAUGUCCCCAUCCAUGGAUCGAACAAGGGACCGGCCCCAGCCCUCUCAUCAAACGAUGGCGGAGAAUGGCAGAUGCCCACCCCGGAUGAGAAGAGAGUGGAAAUGAAGGGCGUGAGCUAUCCGGGACAGGAGUGGACCCCGGCGCCAUGGGAAUGAGAGAACAUGAAGAUGCACGGAGAUGCGACGUAACGAUGCACUGGAUAUGAGACUGCGAUGUGCCGAAUGCAUGUGUUUUGGUUAGGAUGGGUGAGCGAGCAUGGAACGCCGUGAAUGAUGGAUGACUAUGCAAUGGAUCUUAAUACUUCGAAGAGAAAUGAGCGGUGUAUACGAUCUCCUCAUGUAUAUUCCGGCGGUGACUCGCAAUAAUAAUGUCGGUCAUCGCCAACCCCAGCCUACUUCAUGAGCUUGGAUCAAUCAGGU